CAAGGAAGUUUUCUCUCAAUGUAAACACUGCGGAUGGGACAGUACUGAGGAGGAGUAUUCCGAGUUUAACAGUGUUAAAUCUACCUCAUAUAAAGCUGUUAUGCCACGCUGACAGCAGCUGAAAGCAACAUGUUAGCUGGUGGAUUAUCCAACAACAAGGUCAAGUAUUCCCGAGUAGCUGCUGAUGACGAUGGAUACAUCGACCUGCAGUUCAAGAAGAAUCCCCCAAAGAUUCCAUACAAGGCAAUUGGUGUGGCUGCAAUCCUGUUCCUGAUUGGCUCCUUGCUGAUUAUCUUUGGGGCCCUGUUCCUGGCAGGAAUUAUCAAGGUCGAGAAUCCGGAUCGCACCAUUCCCGUAAUCGUCAUCGGCCUGCUGGUCUUCCUGCCUGGGUUUUACCAUCUGAGGAUAGCUUACUACGCCGCCAAGGGUCACCGAGGGUACUCCUACGAUGACAUCCCGGAUUUUGGCGACUGAUCAGACGGACUCUUUACUCUUUGAGCAUAUAUAGCAAAGGGAUCAAAGUCUCCUCCUGAAGCUGUAGAGAGCAGUGUUCAUCCUGGAGUGCAUCAUGUCAAAGCUUUAAUGAAAUGCUGCAGAAAUGUAUGACUGAAGCAUGUUUUUUCUUUGCUCUGUUUGCUCUUGUGUCUUCUACGCAUUAUUAGCCUCCUCGAAGAAGCACGACUGACCUAAGAGAAUUGGUGCUGGUUUAUUAGCAGCAGAGGAUGCCAGACCAGCUGCUGGCCUGCUACAGUUUGCUCUUACACAACACAUAAAUCAUAACAUACUUUAUUUACUGCUGCUCCAAGGCCAUAGCUCAGAUCAUCUGUGGCUUUUGCAAUGUAGCUUUAUAAUAAAUCACAUCUUUAUCCAGUUUUAUUUUUACAAGUUCUUCUGAGAAAAUUUGGAUCACAAUCACAAGUAGAUAUUUCAUGGUCUUCUUUUUUAAAUGCUGUGUGUGAAGUAUUUGUUUUUAUUUUUGAUUUUUAGAAUGAUUAGAAGAGAUGUUUUGUUUUGUACACUGGAAUGAUUAAAAUAAAG